AUGGAUACUAGUGCUGUUGAGUCUGGACGUGCUUUCGCAACUUUCGCUGAAGCUUGUGUGACAAUUGAAAGAUACGCAAUGCAAAUGAAUUCUGUCAUAAUUCUAGGAAAGACGUCGAAAAUUCCUGAUAAUGGUUAUAGACAAGCACUUUUUGUAUGCGAAAAGCAAGAAAAAUACAGUGGAAAGAAUGAUGAAUAUACGACUAAGCGUGUUGGAUAUAAUUUUGCUAUUGGCAUAAACUAUCGUAAGCGCACUGAUAUAUAUGUUAUAACUAAGUCGUGUCUGGAAUAUAAUCACGAUGUUUGCUUGAGUGCCACUAAAUUUAGCACCGUUAGUCGUAAACUUGAUAAUGAUGAUCUGGGUUUAAUAGAAAGGCUCUACGAUAACGGACUUAGGACUAAAGAUAUAUUUUCAGUUUUGAACUCGGUUAGUUCAAAAUAUAUCCAUAAACCCGAUGUUUACAACGCAGUAAGCCAUCAACGCAAAUGUAAAUUGCAAGGUUUGAGUAAAGUUGAAUUACUUCUUAAAACUUUGCGCGAUGACGAUAAUAUUGUAGAAAAUAUUGCCUUAAAGGAUACAUACAAUGAUGAACGAGAUCAAGAUGGUGAAUUCAUCCAAGCAGUUUUUUGGGCGUACUGUGAUUCAAUUUCUGAAUUUGCAGUGGAAAAAGAUGGUUUAAUUAUCGAUACAACUUAUAAAACGAACAG